AUGACCUUUACACUCUUCUACAUUUUUCUAGCAAAAAAAAAAGUUAAGAUAGUGAAAACGGUGAAAGUUCUGAAGAAGUCCAAAGAAGAGGCUAAGCCAAAAAAUUCAGGAGGACCCCAAGAGGAACAGUGUCCACCACUGGGAUUGGAGUCUUUGAGGGUCUCAGACUAUCAACUGCGUGCGUCCAGCAUCAAACGCUAUGGCCUGGGUGCCCACCGAGGACGCCUUAAUAUUCAGUCUGGGAUCUAUGAUGACGACCUCUACGAUGGUGCCUGGUGCGCGGGUGAGAAGAACAAGAAUCAGUGGUUGGAAGUGGAUGCCAGGAGACUAACUCGCUUUACUGGAGUCAUCACUCAGGGCAAGAACUCAAUAUGGACGGAUGACUGGGUGACAUCUUACAAGGUCCAGGUCAGCAAUGACACUCAUACAUGGAAGACCUGCAAGAACGGGACAGAGGAAGUGAUAUUUAAAGCAAACAAAGACCCGGAUACGCCAAUCCUGAACCGACUGCCGACCCCAAUGGUUGGGCGUUACAUAAGGAUCAAUCCGCAGAGCUGGUUUGAAAAUGGCACCGCCUGCCUGAGAGCGGAGAUUCUGGGAUGUCCCCUUCCAGAUCCGAAUACUGUGUUCAUGUGGGAACACCAACCACAACCAACAGAUAAACUGGAGUUCAAACACCACAACUACGAGGCGAUGAGGAAGCUCAUGAAGAGGGUGAAUGAAGCCUGCCCGAACAUCACUCGGGUGUACAGCAUUGGCAAGAGCUACCUGGGCCUGAAGAUGUACGUCAUGGAAAUCUCUGACAACCCGGGGCAGCACGAGCUGGGGGAGCCGGAGUUCCGCUAUGUGGCCGGCAUGCAUGGGAACGAGGUCGUGGGCCGGGAGUUGAUGCUGAACCUCAUGGAAUAUCUGUGCCAGGAGUACAAGAACAAGAACCCCAGAGUAGUGAGGCUGGUCACCGAUACCCGCAUCCACCUCCUGCCCUCCAUGAACCCGGAUGGGUACGAGAUGGCCUACAAGCUGGGCUCGGAGCUCUCUGGCUGGGGCAUCGGUCGCUGGAACUACCAAGGACUGGACCUGAACCACAACUUUGCAGAUCUGAACAAUCCGCUGUGGGAUGCGGAGGAUAAUGAACUGGAGUUUCCCAAUCACUACAUCCCCAUCCCGGAGUAUUACACCCUGGAAAAUGCCACGGUGGCCCCAGAGACUCGCGCCAUCAUUGACUGGAUGCAGAAAAUCCCGUUUGUCCUCAGCGCGAACCUUCAUGGAGGAGAACUGGUGGUCUCCUACCCCUUCGACAUGGCUCGUUCCUAUUGGAUGGCCAAGGAACUGACGCCGACCCCAGAUGACUCCAUGUUUCGCUGGUUGGCCACAGCCUACGCCUCGAGCCACCGCGUCAUGGCGGAAGAUAACCGCCGCAUCUGUCACUAUGACGACUUUAUAAGAGUCGGGAACAUCAUCAACGGGGCAAAUUGGCACACCGUGGCCGGAAGUAUGAAUGAUUUCAGUUACCUUCACACCAACUGCUUUGAAGUGACAGUGGAGCUGUCCUGCGAUAAGUUCCCUCACGAGAUGGAGCUUCCAACAGAGUGGGAGAAUAACAAGGAGUCCCUGCUCAUCUAUAUGGAACAGGUCCAUCGUGGGAUUAAAGGUGUCGUACGGGACAAGGACACAAAUAAUGGUGUUCAUGAAGCUGUCAUAGUGGUAGAUGGAAUCAAUCAUGACAUCCGCACAGCUGUUGAUGGAGACUACUGGAGGCUUCUCAACCCAGGAGACUAUGAGGUCACCGCUAAGGCUGAGGGCUAUCACUCAUCUACCAAGUCCUGUCACGUCUCUUAUGAAGACCGAGCCACCAUCUGCGAUUUUUACAUCUCCAAAACACCCAAACAACGUCUGAGGGAACUGCUGGCUAAAGGAGGAAAAUUGCCCAAAGAGCUCAUUCUACGACUGCGCCAGAUUCGAACCCGCCAGCUGAAAGCCAACGCCAAGAAGUCCAAGUGAACCAGAGGAACCAUUUGACCUGUACAGAGGCCAGGAGAUGACUCUCUCGUUCUCUCCAAUUUUCAAGAUCCUCCAUCUGAUAUAAAAUUAAUUUGUCUUUCCCACCCAUAUUACCACUGGUGGGAAAUGAUGAAACCAUCAUUGUCCACAUUUACAU